UAUUGUCUAUUGUUGCGGCGUUGAUGUUGACACUCUGAUCUCAUCAAUCCAGAACAUCCCAGAGGAAUGCACAGAGGAACGGCCCAUGGACUCCGAGGAGCCCGAGCAGGAAGUGCCGCAGAGGAAGGAGUCGACGGCAUCACCGGCCCCGGCCACCACCGCUGAGGAGGUGAUGUCCACCGAGCCGGCCGUGUCGCUGGGCGGCGACACCAUGCAGAGGGAAGGAGCGGAGGCGGAGACAGAGACGUGGGUGGCUGCCGUCCCACCGGAGUGGGUUCCGGUCAUCCAGCAAGACAUUCAGAGCCAGAGGAAAAUGAAGCCUCAGCCUCCAGUCAGUGACGCCUACCUCAGCGGGAUGCCGGCCAAACGGCGAAAGACCAUGCAGUGCGAGGGACCACCGCGCUCGCUGGCCGACGCCGUGGGCAAAGCCGCCAAGGCCGCGGGCGUGAAGCCGGUCACCAGCGCGGACAGCCUGGCCAGGGACCUGGAGCGGACCGAGGUUCAGGAGGCUUACCGGCAACAGAUCCAGUCGGACAUCCAGAAGAGGAUCAGGGAAGACCCAGAGUACAACCCGCAGCGGUUCCCAAACACACACACCGCCUUCGAGGAGCGCUCCUAGUGCCGGGAGCCAGCAGCGACGGCGGACAGCCGGCCGGCGAGCGCAGCGUCGGCUAGUGGAGGACCAGCCUCCGCCACUUUUAACUAUUCGCUGGACUCUGGCCGUUGCACUUUCUGUUGUUUAGUUCUUGAACCUUAAAUAAAAUACCACAGCCCAGGGCUCCCAUUUUCUCCUUU